UUUGGGUUACCAUCGACACUCUCUUCUUCUGUGCGUGUUGCCUCCGCCACCGACCACCUGCCUGUCAAUCGCGCUUAGAGCAAUCCGACACAGAUCGCUUCUCGGCAUUCUGCUAUUUGUGGUCUUGGCCACGAGAACCCUCACGUCCUCAGGCACUGCAUCUACAGAUUCAACGUCCGUACUAAAAGCAGCACUGCGACCUCACAUCUGACAUAUUAACAGAGUAUAUUUUGAGCCUAACCGAUCGACAAAAUGUGGCCACGAACCCGCGAACUACCCACGCGCUUCGCGCCUACGACCCAUUGGAAACUAUUCCUGCGAGAGGACAAGCAGCUGCCUAGCGCCGCUGCCGUCGCUGCCAAGGCUCAAGCCCGCGCACCGCACCACCGCCACAGUACCGCCGUGCUUGUAACCAAGUCCACGCCGCCUCCCACAGGCCUGCUGGGCUCAGUACAUACCCACUUGUACAGUCGCGGCCCACCCGCUCAGGAAUAUAUCCGUUUCCACCCACGGGUUAAUAAUAACCCGACCCGUGUCAUUCCGCCGCUGCACAAACCGUUCCGCAAAAUUCAAUUACCCAAACGAGCGCAAGGCGUUAAUUUGAGUCAGGAGGACACUGAGGAGUGCAAUCUGCCGAUGGAUAUGGAGUGUGGCUGCAAGACAAAGCGCGAGAAGGAGCGACAGGAGAAAGAAGCACUGGAACUGGCUGAAAGACGACGCAGAGACCAGGAUAACCAGCAGAAGGAGCAUGACAAAAUGCACGCAAUGGUCAACAGAUCCACAGUCACUAGCAGCGCAGUACAGAGCAGUUUCCAUCGCCGACAUUUGCCACAGGACUGCAUCGCCUUCUCCAGCCCCGAAGGCCGUAAACUUUUCACUGAGGCUAUCAACAGCAGCACAAACUACAUGCAAAUCUACUUCCCGUUAGCAGAGCAGUUCAUCACCCAGGCUGAACCUGCGUUCUGCGGUUUGGCUACAUUGGCUAUGUGUCUUAACGCGCUUCAGAUCGACCCUGGUAGACUGUGGAAAGGACCGUGGAGAUGGUUUAGUGAAGAGCUCUUCGACUGCUGCACGUCACUUAGUGUGGCUAAGGAGAAAGGUAUCAGCAUGUCGGAAUUCAUUUGUUUGGCACGCUGCAACGGCGUACUGACAGAAGAUUACCGAGCUACGAGUGACUUUACGCUGGAACAGUUCAGGGAAAUCGUCAAGCACAGCUGCUCUACGAGCUCAGAGAUCGUAGUGCUGAACUACAGUCGCAAGGUGCUCGGACAGACCGGAGACGGCCACUUCUCACCUAUUGGAGGAUACCAUGCCGAGAGGGAUAUGGUAUUGCUGAUGGAUGUUGCGAGGUUCAAGUACCCGCCUCACUGGGUAAAGAUCUCGCGUGUGUUUGAAUCCAUGCAGCUAAUGGACCCAUCCAUGGACUUGCCGCGUGGACUGGUGGUACUGAAGGAAGGAGCCCAUGCCACUGGCCCCUCGCUCGUGAAACAACAGCUUAUCCACUGCGACGAACAGACCGCUGUGCCUGUGGUGCCGGCUCCGCAGCCGUGCUGCUACAGCUCAUCGUCAGUUGAGGCUGCACGCCGAAUGGCCGACUCCACUGUUGCUGCACAAAAUUAGAGAUGGAAGGCGCUGGUGAUUAGGAUUGGGUUCAUCGUUCGUCCUGGUUGCUAUGUCAACCGAAGCCUUCUUACCCCACUAUCUAUUGCAGGCCAACCUGCACCUCGAGCUUCUUGUGGACAACCUGAUGAACUACUCGCAGACAGGGGUCACGGUGGAGUAUUACCGUGGCCUUUUAGACACGCAUAAACCAAAGCAAUAAAAUGUACCAUGACUGAUACGGAAGAUGUGAACCUCAGGUAUACUAAUAAAAACAUGAUCUAUCCUUC